UUUUUUUUUUUUGUUUGGCAAUCUAUCAACUUUCAAUAAUAUAGAAUCUGAUAUUUGUAUGCAAUAGUAAAAACGUCUUGUCAAUAAACUAUCAAUAGGAAUGUCAACUUUGAAUGAAAGGAAGCACAGUACUAACAGCAAUAUUACUGCAAAACUUCAAUCUUUUUUAUGGAAGGACAUUCAGAAUUAUAUCAAAACGAAUAAUAUACAAGCGCUUUCAACACUCUAUUCCCGCUAUCCCAAAGAUACUACUUAUGUCCUUCUGAACUGUUUGGCUACCUAUUGCUGUUAUAACAAUGACGAAAGUAACAAUAAAGAAGGACGAGAAGAUCAUGUCGUUGUUGAUGCAACCAUCGACCCUCGUCUUACAAACAUUUUCUUCGGUCUUGAAAAGUUGAACGCGCUCGAAUUGGCUUUUUUGUAUAAUCGAGAACAAAUUGCCUGCCGACUCAUCGAUUGGACGGCAACACCAACAACAACGAUGGCGAUAACAAAACCACAACAACAAAAACAACUCUAUCACAAUAACAGUUGUACGGAUAACAUUUGUAGUAAUAACAAUACUUUUAUUACACCCUUAUGUUACAGAGCCAUUACUAUUUUAAAAUGGAAAAGCGUCAUGCUACCCUCGAUCGCUACAUCCCCUACUAUUUCUACUGAUAAUCUUAAUAUUGUCACCGCUCAUCAACAAGAGCCACAAAAAGCAACAGUUAGUAUGCACACCUCUAUUUUCAUGAAAAAAGCAACAGAAAAAGUAGCAAGACUUUACUAUGGAAAAACUUCCCCUAAUGGUUCUAGUGGUAGUGAUCGUAGUGAGAUGGCUGUUCUUCAAAACGAUAGCGGAAUCUCACCCUCACCCUCACCUGUCUCUUUAACAUAUUCCUCCUCGUCGUCGUCCUCUACCUCCUCACUAUCCUCUUUAACAUGCGAUUCUCGUUGGACAAUUUCGCCCUCCCCAGCUACAAGAGUGUUGAUGUCGACAAAGCCAUGUAGGAUCAAGGACAAUAACAGCAACAGCAAUAGCAACAGCAACAAUAAUAACAACAAGAACACCAGCAAUGAAUUUUUUGUCAACAGAAAUGAGGCAACAUAUCAAAAUUGUCAUCUUAUUGAAAAUGAAGACAAUGAGACGGAUCACAAAGCAUUACAACCGAUCAGCGGGGUCUUAUCAAAUCUUCCAUAUCAACUACUUGAUAAUCAGCAUGUUGUUUCAGCAGCUGCAACUAUGGCGAGAAAAACAAAGAAAACAGUGCAAUUCAGUCUGAAAGUCAUUUUAUUGGAUGCUUGUGCUCGUGGUGAUUUGGAAGAAUUGAAAUACUAUACUUCAUCUGCUAAGGCGAAUGAAUUGAAUACUGUACGCGACUUGCAAAAACGCUCCUUGUUACAUAUCGCUAUCAUGCAUAGACACGAACAUCUUAUUCAAUUCCUAAUUGAAAAACAACGCGUUGAUAUACGACUUGUAGAUGCUGACGGUUGGACAUGUGCUCAUUAUGCUGCUGCUUUGAGUUUAUGGAAGUCAUUAUCUCUGAUAUUGUCAUUUCCUGAAUCUUAUGACGUAUUGAAAUUGAACAAUGCAGCAACGACAACUAUACCAUCUCUACCUCAACAGCUAUUGAAAAUUGAGGAAUGCCCACAAACUAUGCUAGGUAGAAGAAAAUGCAAGACGCUUAUUCAAAAUGCCUUUAUAAAACUUCAACAGCAACGGCAGCAGGCAAAACCAGUAGACAAUCAUAAUUUCGAGACACCCACAACAGUGAUUAAACUCAAGCACAAGAACUGAGUAUAUAUCCUCUCCCCCUUUCCUUUCCUCCCUCAACUGUAUCUAUUGUAUAAAACAUCUAUUCUAACUUUAUUUUUGUAUAUUUCUACUACCUUACAUAUGUAAACCCCACUACACACUUUUUUUUGUCUUUUUUUUUUUUCCGCCAUUUAUGCUUUGUAUUAUGGAAGAGAAAAGUUAUGUAAAUUCCCAUUUAAUUAUAUAAUUUAACUACCUUUAUAUGUCUCUAUACAUUCUUUCAAUAGAGAACAACUACACACGGACAUACGCAUACACACACACAGACACAUGCGGGCCUAACCAUCUUUUGCGUUCGUUAUUCAUUCUUUUCUUUUUAUAAAUACUUUGAUAGACUUCAUAUGUGGAACAAUAAAAAAGUUUUUCUUCGAGC